AUGCCUGUAGUGUCGACUGUCGCCGGCGCAUCACUGGAGACGGAGUGGAAGAAAUGUAUGAAACGUGACGAAACCAGUUAUAACAUUUCUUAUUCCCACGACAGCAAGCAGAAGUGGGUUCAUACGGAUAUAGUGGCAAAUAUCCCAUCAUCAAUGUGUGGCGGCGUUAACACGAACAAUCAUGGACCAACGAAACCUUCUUCUCGGACUUCAGUAGAGGAGAAACACGUGUCGAAGGAGGAACCCUCUUCUGCUGUACGACGUGCACCGUUUCGGUCACUAAACGGGAGGGCUUACGCUGUUCCCUUAAGCAUGCUGAAGGAAUUCGACGCCAUCUAUCAGCACGUGCAGAAGGCUCAGCAUCCACCCAGGCGAGACGACCCCCUCUUUUCACCUUUAAGCUCUCCCGGUGUGCUUUGGCGCCACGACCCCUACAGCGCAAAGGUACUCAAUACAACUUUUUCGUCUUCCGGGAGUCACCUUUCUUCCACUGAAGAGGAUGAGGAAUGUGGAACAUCAAAAAGGGUUGUAGAAGGCAUCGUUACACGGUCGAUUGGUGUCGUAAACGCGGCGCAGAUGCAGCGGCUACCGAUACGCCCACCACCAAUUCCCAGUUGGAUGCCGCAGAACCUUCGGACAUCGAACUCUGCAGUUUUGACAAUGCCAGUUGAGAUAACCCCCCGCACUAUUCAACCCUCAACACGUCCAGUGCCACCUCCCAGCGGUUGUUGUUUUGUUGUUCACUCCAUAACUCCCACACGGCAGCCUCCUGCGCGUUCUGAAUGCCAAAGCGCAUUAGGAGUGGCAGAAAUGGAGGACUCGCUGAAUGCUUGCGGCGAUUUUGUUCCGCAAUUAUGCCGAAAGCGUCCGUUAAGGCGCCUGAGCGAGGACUGUAAGAGGGACGAGUUCCCCAUGUUGCUGCCGUCUUUUCGCGCUCUGCCUCCGCUCUUUCAAGACCUCACGGUCCACAUGAGUCGGCGCCCUCCUCCACUGAGCAAACGGCCAAGGAAUGUUUCGGAUGAGAACCAAUCGCGACCUGAAGGGGUACGUUAUGUAUAUCUUGUUGAUCACCGUUGCAGGCGCAGUGUUUGCGCGGCUGGCGUCCUCUAUAAAUUAAGCGAGAUGGUUGUCCUUGAGGGUGACAUGGGAAUUGACAUGGGAACUGUGCACGCCGUCCUCCCUGUAGAGGAAUUUGACCAGUUGCAUGGUGACGAAUUGAUAAGUCGGGGCUUUCCUGCGGCUGAGUGGCAUGUGAUGGCAUCUGCUCUCAUUUUGCGUUCAGCCACUACAGCGGAGAUACAUCAUUACGACGGGGCGCUUUACAGCUUCUCAAAGGAUCUCCUAUCAUUCUUGCGUAAUCGCCUUGUCCCCGCGAGAUUUUCGGAUUGCCGCGUGGAGAACAUGGAAUUCCUUGGUUGUGAAUUCCAGGCGGACUGCAAAAAAGUGUAUGUUUACUACAGGGCGAGGCGACGCGUAUUGUUCCGCGAGUUAGCACAAUACCUUCAUUCUUUUUACCGGUGCCGUAUUUGGCUUCAUGAGGUGGGCCGCGACAGUCCCAACAGCUCAGGUGCCACAACUCCUGAUUUAAGUAAUUGA